AAAAUCUGUCCGGAUGGAUAUUUAGGUGAGAGGUCCCCGUUUGGACAGCGAAGUCUCUUUAGCUGACAUAGCUAACCUAGCGAUCUUUUGCUAGCUAGCCCGUAAACAUCCGCACAUACCUUGGAGGGGAUUUUGUUUCGACGCUGCUAAACUUGUCACCUGUCCUUCCAACGGCUACUCAGCCAUGUCAAAACAACGCAACCCACUCAGUCCUACUAAGAACUUCUUUGCCGGGGGAUUGGAGGUGUUGUGUCUGGUUUUCGCUGGACAUCCACUUGACACCAAUAAAGGUUCGCAUACAGACCCAACCAAACCAGGUCCGGGUGAGCAUCCUCUAUAUGCUGGAACAUUUGACUGCUUCAGAAAAACCCUCUGUAGGGUAGGGUGUACGGGGCUGUAUAAGGGCAUGGCAGCUCCAAUCAUCGGAGUCACGCCUAUGUUUGCUGUUUGAUUCUUCGGUUUUGGCCUCGGCAAGAAACUGCAGCAGAACCCAGAUGACAUCCUCACAUAUCCUCAGCUUUUUAUGGCUGGCAUGCUCUCUGGUGUGUUCACUACAGCCAUCAUGGCACCUGGAGAGAGAAUCAAAUGUCUCCUGCAGAUCCAGGCGGCCUCAGGAGAGAUGAAGUAUGCCGGACCCUUGGACUGUGUGAAGCAGAUCUACAGGGAGGGUGGAAUUAGGGGCGUGUACAAAGGCACCGCUCUGACCCUGAUGAGAGAUGUGCCAGCCAGUGGGAUGUAUUUCAUGACUUACGAGUGGCUGAAGAGCAUCCUCACUCCCGAGGGCAAGAACCCAAAUGAACUGAGUGUGCCUAGUGUGCUGUUUGCUGGUGGUAUGGCAGGAAUCUUUAACUGGGCUGUCGCUAUUCCCCCCGACGUGCUCAAAUCUCGCUUCCAGACAGCACCAGCGGGAAAAUACCCUAAUGGUUUCCGGGAUGUUCUGAGGGAGCUGAUCCGAGAGGAGGGUGUGACCUCACUUUAUAAAGGUUUUAACGCAGUCAUGCUCCGGGCAUUUCCUGCUAAUGCUGCAUGUUUCUUGGGUUUCGAGGUGGCCAUGAAGUUCUUAAACUGGAUUGCACCAAACCUAUGAGCCACAUGAAAGGUCAAGGGAUCGUGACACACACAUACUGGGACUCAUGACCUCAUACUGGGACUGUUAAGGGCUUACAGACGCAGCAGAGGCCUAACACACACACAUGCGUAUGAGGGUCCGGACAUUAGCCAGUCAUCUUAGUUCUACUUCCUUAUCAUUUUAGCAAUUUUGAAGAGGAGUAGUGAUGUGCCUUAUAUCUGGCUGUGAAUUCAGUGUCUGUUCUCCAGGGAAACGCACCCUUCUGGUUUUUUGCUGUCAACCUCUCUGUUUUGCCAAUGUUGUCAGAACACCCUUUUAAGUACAUUGUACAUAAAGACACGUCAGUCAGCUUUCUGGAGUGCAUGAAGCACUCUGUGUAAUUUUGUUUUCUGUUUGAUGUACCUUGCUUUGUUCAAUUCAGAAGUGCACUAAGGAGCAGUGUCCACAUAAUGAUCACACUUGGUGGCAAAGAAAUAACCAGACAGCUAAUCCAUACUGCUGACAGAAGGACAGAUGCACGAUAACUCUUGGCACUUGUGCAUCUCAGCUCUGAUUCAUUUUCAUUUGUGGGCAUAUGCCUUUGUGUGUGCUCGCACUAGGCCAUAGGGAUUUAUUAUAGCCACAGGCAUUCACUAAAAUGUAUUUUUUCCAUUAUGUACAAUAAAACAGAUUGUUUAGGCCUCAAA